AAUCCUGUUUACGCGCCUGUGCUAUCCUGGAUAAUCCACGUGGGAGGGAACCCAUUUUAAAGGCUGAAUUGGGGAAGCAUUUGCAAUAAACUAUUUCAGUAAAGUUUCGUGGAGUGAAGUUUUAAUAUGGUUAUUUCGAUAUUUCCUUUGCACAAUAUGCAAAAUUUGCCGAUAUUGAAUUAUAACAAUAAUGAGGUUUUGUCGAAAAGGGCUCUUCACAAGUCAUAACGACUUGUCCGUCAAUGUAUCACUUACAGACCGUGUCAAGGUGACGUUUAUUACCUGUGUUUUGCAUUAAAAGAAUGAAAAAGAUCGACUACUCUACUGCUGUAGCAGUAAUCGUGCUUUUCUUUUAAAGCAAGGGGUGUAUUUGUUGAAUCAUUUAGCAAGCCCCAGACGCGAGCACAGGGGGUGCCGUCAUGUAUAUCAUAUUUGAUCGUCAUAUAUCAGAACAAGAAAUGACCCACUUUAAGGCGACCAAUAACCCUCCCUAGCCUGCUAGCCGGAACGAAAACACGCAGGAAGGCCGGCUCGCAGGCUAAACCUUGCCUAGCUACAAUAACACCAACACUAAAAAGUUCAGAAGUAUAUUAUAUUUGGUUAUUUAUACUGUGUCUGUCAUUUUUGUAUGCUACAUUUUCUUUUUUUGUAAAGAGAUAAAAAAACCCUCUUUCUUAACGAUCGCUACCCUGGUUCCACCAAAUUCCACUACUCUCGAGCUCGCUGGCGCUAUUGGUCUUGUACGAGCCUUUAAACAGAGAGAACUCUGGAACCAGGUAAAAGAUCGCAUGUCUUGACAUUUAUUAAUUUUAUGAAGUAAAUGCUGGAAGUCAUCCUUCCAGCAUUGCUGGCGAAUUUUCGCUAGACUGACUAUAGGACAAAGGAAAUGUCAAAAUGGGAAAUUGACUUUCUGACAUUUACUUUGUCUUGUGGUCAGUCGAGCAAGAAUUCGCCAGCUGGAAAAUGCUGGCGCAAUUUGCACAGGGCUUAAAAGUUAUAGACCAUGCGUUUUAGAUAGGGUGAUUUUUGUAGGUGGGAUACAUGAAGCAUAAUAAAAGUGUAGGAUGUUGUUGUUUUAUAGAUCUUUGUUUGACAAUGUUCCCCCUUAGUCUUUAGGGGAUGGACGUAUACCCCUGUUCCUGUUUAUGAGAUUAUGCGAUUAUAUAUACGAUGCAGUUUUUUUUAUUAUCUCAACAUGGUCCUGUACUUUUUUUUAUACAGUACAUUCAUUACAAUAAGAUCUGGUGUUACUAUUCCUAUGGGACCAACUUGCCGUUUAACGCUAUACCGAGUGCGUAUAAUAAUCAACUCUUUGUCUUUUGGCCCGAUUAAUGAAAGCGACAUGUAAACUUGUUCCUAAGCACUUCUUAAGUAUCUGCAAAGUUCGUUAGCGCCUGUAUGGCCCAUAGAUAAGUGCUAUCCUAUCAUUUCGGGAAGGAAAUUAAGUUGAACAUGAAGGGAAACACAGAUCACUUUCCACCGACCUUGAAACGUCUGGGCAUCUCGCUACCCGUUGCUAAGAGCUUCAAGAAAAACUCAAACGAUGGCGGAAGAAAAGUGCGAUUUGAUGCUGACCCAACUGGAAAUACUACAUACAGGGAAGACUUCAAAAAAUUUGGAAACACCACAACUCAAGCGAGACACGAGAACAUAAACACAAAACAAGGUGUAGUUGAGGUGCCAACCCCAUCGUCACCAAUAACAACAACGUUCCGCUCUUCUUUCCGAGGCGAGAGGGUCCCUCCUGCUGUCAGCUGCAAACCCAAGUGGGAAGCGCAGCCACCUAUCAAAAUUGGACCCACAGGGUACUCAUCUGACUUCUGCGCUAAGCCCCUAUCCAGAAGGUCCCCGCCCCCCAGUAAACUUGGUAACGUGCUUCACGGGUAUCCUAGCAACGUGACCUUUCCAUAUACAAGGUCAGGACAGACUGUAACACUGUGGAAGCCGUUCCCAGUCCUCCCUCCCCUGGAGAGAGGAAUAAUAGCUGACGAGUUGCUGAACAAAAUAUCACGUGAUGUCUUCACGUCCACAUACCGCGAGGACUUCCUCAAGGGCACAGUGUGA